AUGGGUGUCAGUGGCAAGGCCAGCAUUUAUUGCCCAUCCCUUAAUGACAUUUGUUACAGGAAUUCAUACAGACACAACAUUUGCAUCGACAUGCUGCAGCAAGGUUAUCACAAGUCUUUUUCAGAGUUCACCACUCUGAUCCUAUAUUGGAAUGCUGUAAGGGAGAAUGCAGGCCCUGGGUCAGACAUAUGGAUGGAAGAACCAUUGAACAAACAGCUAAAUAAACUGGAUCAUCUUCAGUAUUUCCUUACUAGGGCUGAGGCAGCCGAAAGAGCAGGUUCGUUUGAGGAAGUCUAUAAUAAUCAACUUUCACUGGCAUGUUACUUUAAAAAGGUUGCUGACAAACUACUUUCAGAUCACUUCUUUGAAUCAUGCCUCUCCACCAGUAAAAUGAUCGUGCCAUGUGGGGGACAGAAAAUGGCAGAAGCAAAUGCCAAUAUAGGCACAGCCUAUGAGGAGAAAGGAGAGCUGGAUAAAGCUGCUGAGUAUUAUGAGAUAUUCCAUCAACUCACUGUAGGAAAGACAUGGCAGGAUGAAAAUUGCUGCCUCCACUUUGCACAUGCAUGUACGAACCUCUGGAGGAUUUACACAUCACUGGCAGACGAAAAGCUUGAAAGUGCACAAGACAAAGAGGCGAGGGAAUUUCUCAGAAAAGCUUAUGACAUAGCCAAGGAAGGGGGCGAUAAGAAGUUGGAACUAGCAGCUCUGUAUCGAGUGGCUUUAGGUUACCUUAGUACUGGAGAUCCAGAGAGAGCGAUUACUUACUUACAAACAUAUUUGGAGCUGUCCAGUUCCAUAGAUGAUGAUGCUGGUUUAGGCAAAGCUUAUGAAGCUCUGGCAAUGGCCUUACUAAGCACAGGAAAUUCUUCUGAAGCUCUUGAAUACCUGAAAACAUUUUUGGGCCUGGCAGAGAAAAGCGGUGAUAAAUUGAGUUUGAUCGAUGCUUGCAGAUUCCUUGGAAUUAUGUAUAAUAAUCUAGGUCAGUAUGAUGUAGCCUGCGAGUAUAUUUGGCGAGGAUAUGAGAUUGCAAUGACCUUGGGUGAUAUCCAUUUGGUAGAGAUAAUGCAAGUUCACCACGGAAUCUACAAGGCUCACAUGAUGAUGUCCUCAUAUUGUCACCACGUUGAGGCUGCUGGACAUGUGCAUCUUGAGCACUUGGUGACAUGGAAGGAUAGUAGAUUAGACAUGUUCAAUGUCUCCAAAGCAGAAGAUCCUACGGCAAGCAGAAUAUUUGACAGACGAUCAAUCGUGGAAACAAAGAUAGCUUUUGAUGAAACUGCGGAUUAAGAAAGGCAAAUGCUGGAAAAAUAUAACGCUAGUUCACAACCUUCAUAAUGGUGGCACUUUUGUCAAUCUAAUUCAGAUGGUAUCAGUUCAAUCACCAAUGAAAAUAACAAAUGAUCACAAAUAAUCUUUUAUUUUUGAACUGUUUUAUUAAUUAAUUGUGCCCAAAUUGUGCUUGAUAUGUCAAUGUUUUCACCAUACAGGGGUCAGAUAGUGAUUAUUAAACUGGUCUGUUUUAACAUUGUUGUGCACUAAUUUUCACCAUGGGGUUUUUUGUUGUUGUUAACGUGCAAACAUUAUUAUGUGGAGUAUUUCAUCAUCAAUAUAGAUUAUUUCCUUACAUAACUAUCAAAUUUAUCAUCGUGCAGUACCGUCAACCAUUCACAUGUUAGUGGGUUUCUCCGAAAUUAUUUUAAUUUGGGUGACAUAAAAUAGAGAUAAUUUUUUAAUGGAUAGAUUCUUUUUUACAUAACCUGAACAGUUUAGGAAUGUAUACAACAGUGACUAUCAAAAAUAGGAUUAUACUUGUUCUUACCCUGAUGGAGCAUAUUAUGCAUGGGCUCUCUUUCUAUAUUUAAUUAUCCAUAAGCAUUUUAAAAAUACCAAUUUUCAAACCGUUUAUAAUUUGAAGUACUUCAACAUUUCCAAUAAAAUACUGUUCCUUUUUAAUCAUCUGAGGCCGUAAACAAUAAAGUAAAAUCUGAAAAAGAUCUUUCAAUUGAAAUGUAUUGGAAAAACAUUAAAUAAGCUCCUUGGUUUAA